CUGUUCCAUUCUAUUCUAUUCUAUGACUAUCAUUAAGUGUUGUACCUUAUGAUUCUUGAUGAAGGUAUCUUUUCUUUUAUGUACACUGAGAGCAUAUGCACCAAGACAAAUUCCUUGUGUGUCCAAUCACACUUGGCCAAUCAAAAAUUCUAUUCUAUUCUAAACUGAAACCGCUUUGUCAAUCUCAAUUUGGCCCGGCUUCAAUUAUAUCGACUCUUCGUGUUUGCUAUUCUAAGUCUUAAUUGCUUCCCCCCCCUUACAUGUUUCUCAAUGAUCUUCUACUGAACAGUUAUGCUGAACUUCGUACUUUAACCUCUUUUGAAAAUGUGCAUAGAUCUCUCCGAUACAUAUUUUGAGCGAACGUCAGAAAACAUCAAGUCAAAGGAAGAGAAGGAGCAUCCACAAGGACCUGCAAUUGAGUGAAGAAGUAUGGGGUGUAUUCCAAACUGUGGCUUGUGGACGGGAGCAAUCAUUGGGGCAGCGUUGGCCAUCCUGGGAGGGAUUUUAAUUCCAGUUGGAAAUAACCUCAUCGAGGACACCGUCAAAAAGGAAGCUGUCAUCGAAAAGGGCACAACUGCCUAUGAGAAUUGGGUCAUUCCAGGCAGUCCCAUCUACCGACAGGUUUGGUUCUUUGAUGUCCAGAACCCAGAGGAGGUAAUGAAGCAUGGGUCUAAUCCAAUACUUAAGCAGAAAGGUCCUUACACUUACAGGACGCGAUAUGAGCCCAAAGAAAACAUCACCGAACACGAUGAUGCUACGCUGUCUUACCUCCUGCCAAAUAUUGUUCUUUUUCAACCUGAUCUGUCCAUUGGAUUGGAAAGUGACAACAUCACGACUGUCAAUCUGGCUGUUGUGGCUGCACCUGUUUUGUAUCCACAUCUAGCUUCAAUCCUGAAUAUGUUCAUACAACGAUCCAAAUCAAAAUUUCUCCAAACGAGAACCGUGAAAGAAAUACUUUGGGGCUAUGAAGAUCCUUUCCUAAAAUUAGUUCCAGUAGCAACCGUUAAUAAAGUGGUUGGUGUAUUCUAUCCUUACAACAAAACAUUUGAUGGCCCUUACCGAAUUUACAGCGGGAAAGAUGAUAUAAACAAGGCGGGAAUUAUACAGAGUUAUCAAAACAACAGGACUGUUGAUUACUGGAAAAGUUAUUGUGCUUUAGUGAACGGCACCGAUGCGGCAUCGUUCCACCCUUUUCUCAACAAGAGUGAAGUGCUCCAUUUCUUUGCCUCAGAUAUUUGCAGGUCAUUCUCUGCCACGUUUGAUAGCGAGAAGACCGUGAAAGACAUUCUACUUUAUCACUUUGUUAUCCCUCCGUCGAUUUUUGCGUCACCCGUUACCAAUCCUGACAACGUUUGCUUCUGCACCGAAACGGAGAUAAGUCAGAACUGCACAUUAAAUGGAAUUAUCGAUAUCAGCUCCUGCAAAGAAGGCAAACCAGUCUACGUCACGUUGCCCCAUUUCCUGCAUGCGAGUAAAGACCUUUUCCAGUAUGUGGAGGGAUUGAAGCCAGAUGUGGAAGAACACAAAACCUUUCUGGAUGUAGAACCAACCACAGGAUUUACUUUGCACUAUGCCAAAAGGUUGCAGAUUAAUUUAUUGGUGAGACCGAACUCAAAAAUCAUAGCACUAAAAAACAUCAAGCGUCACUUUAUCUUUCCUGUUUUGUGGAUGAAUGAGACGGCUAUAAUCGAUGAUGAAAAAGCAGAACUUUUCCGAUCAAAAGUGACCGACAAGAUCAAGUUGCUGAACAUUUUCCAAAUCGUGCUCAUAAGUCUUGGUUCUGUGAUGUGCCUGGGGUUCCUCAUCGCCGUUUGCGCAUGCCAAGGAAGAGCCCCAAAUAAGUGAUAGAGAAAGCAGAAUUUGGAAUUCGGAUGAAUUCAUUCAGCUCCACCAGAUUCUGGGUGGCAUUUAACAUUUUAAAAAAAUAGCAACAAUCAAUAAUAAUAAUAAUAAUAAUAAACAAACAAACCCCAGAACAAUGAAUGUCCACAAAAACAUUCCAACAGAUAAAAUCCGUGAACUGCCCAAGUUUCCAAGGACAGCCUAAACAUUAAACACCUGAAACAUCUCCAGAGGAUGCCGUUGCAGUUGGCAGGCAGUCCUCAACUUAUGACCACAAUCGAGCCCAAAAUGUACCGUAUUUUGCAGAGUAUAAGACAGAUCUUUCCCCCACCCUAAAAGAGUGUGAAAAUGUUGGUCCGUCUUAUAUACCGAAUACAGCCAUUUUUGGCCUCUCAAAGCUCUGCCCCGCUCAUUCCAUUUUUGCGAAAAACAGGCCCAUUUUUUGCCCGAUUUUUGCAAAAUUAGGUGUGUUUUUGCCCUCCCCCAGCCCCCAGGAGCACUCUGCAGGCUUUCCAAACUCUCUGUGUGCCUUGUUUCUUGCAAAAAUGGCUGAAAAAUGGGCCAAAAAACAGUCAUAAGUGUGAAAAAUGGUCAUAAGUCACUUUUUCAAUGCCGUUGUAACUUCAAAUGGUCGUUAAACAAACUGCUGUUUAAGUCCAGGACUAUCUGUACCCAUUACUCAGAAAUUUUGUUUUUAACUGAGUGACUUUUUAUAGUUAAACCCUCAAGGUUUCACUUCAUACAUUUGGAGAACGGAGACUGGAAAACCUUGAAGGAUUCUUCAGUUGCAGGUCGAAUGCAAUUCACCUCCGUGCCUCAUCAUUGGAAGGUAUAUUCUUCAAAUGAAAAUAGGGAUUUUGGAUUUUAAAAAACAAAAGAACAGGUUGAAUUCAGCUGUUUUGUUUAGCUAUCGGACUGAUGGGUGGCAAGAACUGGUGCAGUUUACAUAUUUCCCAGCUGGUGGCAAUGCUGCAUUUUCAACCACAGCGAAAAUUAUUUUUACCAGAAAGCAAAAGUCAAAAUUAUAGUAGUCCACACCAUACAACAACAGGAUGGAGAAUUUAAUAACAAGAGAAUUUAUCACAAGACCAA